AUGGCUGGUACCAAGUCGAGACAGGCUUUCAAGGCCAUCCUGAUAGGCUCAUAUUUCUGUACGACGAUUCUCGCCUUGUUCCAAGCGGGAUUCUUGGGCGUGUUGGUCUUCGGUCACACCAUCCAACACAGUGCAGGCGAAGUCGUGCCUGAGAUUGCCGUCAUCGUAUUUGCGACUAUCUCAGGCCUGCCUGGGAUCAUUUUCUUGCUCAUGAUCUUCGCCGCGGCUAUGGAUCUCGUUGAUGGCGGCUCCGGCGGUGGGUUCGGUGGCCUCGGUUCGCUAAAUCCGUGGCGCAAAGACCAGGACCGCGCCGCGAAGUGGAACUACGGCGUGCUCGCAUACGUCGCCUUUUCCGGUUUCUUCUCCCUCCUCGUUCUGACGAUCCGCCUCAAGUUCAGCCUCAAAGCUCCUGAGAUAUACGAGAGUCCGCUGUGCCAAGCCUACGCGCAAGUGGACCUGCACAAGGCUUGCGCUGUAACGCCUUUCGCCAUGAUGGCCGGGCUGCUGAUAUUCAUCUGCGCUGUGAUCUCCCUCCUCGUGGUACGCAGGAGCCGCAACCCGAAGGCUCCCAAGGAUGCGGGCACUAGCUGGUACUCCAAGGCGAAAGAUCACGAGGCAAAGGGCAGCGACAAGGCAUUGGGAACAAGCUGGUACACGACCGCGAAGGACCGCAAAGCUCCAAAGCAGCAACAGCGCGGCGACCCCGAGAAGACGCCGAUGCGCACAACUUGGGACGAGCCUCUCCCCCAAGUCCAUAUGGCCCAGAUCCCCGCGCCAGAACGGCGACCCGGAGGACCGCCGCCGCAACCGCCGAACGUGCGGUCCGCAGCUGGCGCUCCUCGCGCUCCGUUCGCCGCGCUCGACUGGCGCAACUCGGAGAACUCGACGUUCAGGGAGCUCGAGAAGUGGGACGGGUUCAACGAGGCGAACCGCGCCGGCUCCGGUCCCGUCUCGCGCGACGCGGCGCAGUCCUGGGGUCGAGCCGGAUACGGGCGUGACCAAGCCGCGUAUCGUCAGGGCGAGAGCGCGGUUCGGCAGGGAGCGCGCGGGGUCGACGCGGUGCGGGUGGAGGACCGUGCCCGAGCCAAGAGGGAGAAGAAAGAAGCCAGCGGGGCGGCGGGGCCGCAGGCGCGGCUUCUGACCCCGGCGACGAUGAACGAUGCGCCGUCUCGUCCCGAGCCCGUUUCCGUGCGGUCUGGUCGCCGCGCUCAGGGCGCGCACGGCGCGGUGGGUGCAUGGCGUGGCGGAGGCGACGACUUGCGCUACCCGCCUAUUGCUCAUUCUGUGGGGCGCGCGUACUAA